AUGGCAAAUGCAGUUAUUUGGAUUCCCGGCCGUUUGCCAAAGUUUUCCCUGGAAAGCAUAUGUACCUCUGGCCAAUUGAGACACAGCUCCCCGUCCCCUCCCGUGUCGCUCUCGCGAGCGACCCGGGGGGCAACCCUAGCCGCCGCGACUCACCCUCCCCCUCCUCUGCUCUCCUCCCUCGCUGCCGCCCAGCGACGUCGUCGGGCGAAGCCCGGCCGGUGGGGGCGGCGGCGGGGCCUCUUCUUCCCUCCCCCCUCGUGCUCCGCGGCUGGUGCGAGACGGCCGGUCGAGUGGCGGCGCCGGGCUUUGGCGGGGCCGGCGGCGCGGCGGCGGGCUCGGAGUUCGGCGGCGGGGUUGCCUGAUAGGGCCGCGACGUCGAGCGGCGGGCUCGCUUGUGGCGUGGCGGCCGCGGGGGUUCCCGGUCUGGGAGGUGGCGUGGAUCCGGCCCGAUCCUCCCGGAUCCGGCUCCUGGAUGGCGGCGGGCGGUGGCCGAGGUCGGUCUUGACCUCGGAGUGGGGUGGUCUGCAGCGGCGUUGCUGCGGCCUGGUGGUUGUCCGAUCUGCUCGCGGCAACGGCGGCUCUCUCUGGCGGCGGUUCGUCUGCGUCGGACUCGGGCUCUCACAGGGCAUUCGUGGACCCAUCCGAAUCGUGUUUGCGGACAAAUGAGUGUCUCUUUCUGGAUUUUUCACUUGGAGAUGCCUUGCCGACAAUUUUAGUGUCGAUCGAUCUAGAUCCUAGUGAAAUUGUGCACGCAAUAAUUGUCGUAUGUACACUGUCAUCCUCCAGUGCCCACUUGAUUACUUAUAGAUCGGCAACGAACAAUGCUGACAUGCAAAUUGAAAAGUAUGGAAUCGCGAAUGCACAGGAAGCUAGCAUUUCUUGAAAGAAGAGCAGUCCAUGUACACAUAUAUGUUGAGGUUUUUUUUAAACUUAUUUCACAAAAA